AUGGGGUACGAGGUCCCUUUGACGGUUGUUUCCAUUGUUUGGGUAUUAAUUGGCUGUGGCGUACCACUUAUAAUACCUAAAGGUGAACACCGGAGGUACGUCUCGCACUUUCGUUAUCAUUUCGCAGUGUGUUACAAACGAUGGUUAUAAUGACGUCCGUUUGUUGUUAUCUCUUGUAAGGAACAAUUUUUCAAUCCCGAUUACCCGUAGUUGGCUUAUGACAUUUUUGGCACAAAAGAACCCGCUCUUUGGACCGGCGUUGCGGAACACUACUAUCCGAAUUGUGAGCCAAGAGUGGCCCGUAGGUUAAAUGUGAACCUAACCACCAGUGUUUAGCCCGUUGCAUAA